GGCGUGCUAAAGAUGCACCUCGGCGGCAAUAAGCCAUGAUGCAAUCUUCCUCUGCUGUUUAUCUGGAGGUUCUUUACUCAAGAGACGAGAUAGAGACGACGGUGGCUCUGCGUGGAACAGGUGUAUGGCAUUCGUCGUCCGCUACAUUGUGACUAACGGUAGGAGACGAGGCAGUAGGAUGGAAUAUUCAGGUCUGUGGUCGUGUUCUCUCCUUCUUCUGACUGUACUGUCCACCGUCAGCGCUGCCUUUUACCGCAAACGGCCCGAAGCCACUGCCGUACUGGUGAACCACACGGCAACGUUGUAUUGUGCUUUUGACGGCUUGGGGCCUACGGACGAAGUGAACUGGUACUGGUACAACCCUGAAACGGACGACAAACUGUACCACAUUUCUGCCAGAGGCCGAGUCGCCUCCGAGUUCUCCAGACAUUCUAUCGUGGGGAGUUCACGGCGGGGUGAGUACAACCUGAGGAUACGGGAUGUCCAGCCUGCCGAUGAGGGGAACUACCGGUGUAGCGUCUUCACGGUACGGGACGCCGGCGAUGCCAGGCUCACCGUUGUAGUUCCCCCAGUGAAUCCACCAGUAAUAGCGGGGAAUCUGAACCCUCGCACCGUUGGUGAGGCGCUAAAACUCACGUGCCGCUCGGAGGGAGGGAAGCCGUUACCGCAUCUCAUGUGGUACAACGGGACGACUGCACUGGAACCCAUAGGGAUGUUCUACCAGGAGGUGUCGGUCGGUAGCGUGGUGGAGAGGAAACUUCACAUCCCGUUCCUGACGAGGUGGGACAACUCAGCCAACAUCAGCUGCAUAGCAGACCAGGGGUUCCCUAACGUGGCACCGCUGAAGAUUGCUACUGUGCGGAUAAAAGUGCACUAUCCACCAACGGUCAUUACCCCCAGGCAGACGGUUCAGGCUCUAGAGGGAGGGUACGCAAAUCUGACUUGCAUUGUGCGAGGCAACCCAACAUCGGUUUUCAGCUGGAGAAGAGUUGGAGACAGCCUUCCACAAAACGCAGGGAUGAGCAACUCAUCUCUGCUGAUACCGAGAGUGUCCCGGUCCGACAGCGGCGCUUACCUGUGCGAAGCCGAUAAUGGGAUCCAGCCCGUGGGGACCGGGGAGAUCACCCUGGAGGUUAUAUAUCCUCCCAAGAUCAAGUCAACAUUUGACCAAAAGAUCAGUGUACUGUACGGACAAGAGGUCUUCAGGGUGGAAUGCCAGUCGGAAGGAAAUCCCAGACCGAGGAUCUCAUGGCGGCGGAAGGAUACAAAACAGCCGUUCGACAACCCCUUGACUCUUUCACCUUUGAACUAUCAGACUGAAGGUUACUAUGUCUGUGUUGCCAGGAGUGACGACUUUUCUGAGGACACAAAAGAAACAUACGUCGACGUAAUAGGUCGACCAGAAAUCGUGAGCCAGUCUACGUCAGUGUCAGCCGUAGGAGGCGACACUGUGGAACUUACGUGUACCAUAGCCUCUGACCCGGAACCGGAUGGUGUCAUCUGGGAGCUCGCAGGGCGUGAUGGGAGGAAGCGACAGUUGAGAGGUGGGGCCACUGGAGACAUCUCUAUAAAGGAGGUUGUUGCAGGGGAACAGACACAAAGUGUAUUGGUCAUCACCUCGGCAGAGACUGUUCACACUGGCAACUACGCUUGCAUUGCCUCCAACAUGUUCGGUCAGGACAGGCAGGACUUCAGGGUCUACGUCACUGAAGACAGCUCUGAUGUGGUGAUGAUUGCGGCUGUCACCAUGGGGGUUGUACUGGGAAUAUUGUUUGCCAUAGUGCUGACACUGUGCCUUAGAGCGAGAACAAUUUGGGCGUCUCGUCUUUCAAAAUCGGAGGAGGAGCUCGCAGUGAAGCCGUCUUUGCACACAAGCUCCAAGUUUCCCAAUGGGUUAGCGACAAUCGAACUACAAAGAGCCAAUGGGAUUGCAACACACCGGCCAACCGUUAGCCAAAAUACGGUUGUAAUACCCAGUCCAUUCACAGAGGUACGAGCAGAGCACGGAAGAAGAACUAUGGCUAAAGCAAACAAAGAUGCAGAUGAUGGAUUCCAGAGAAAGUGUCCUUAUUACAUUGGGGAACUGAAAAGCAAACAAGACAAAGCGAGAUAUCUGCCUCCGCUGAAGAGGAAAAAAGAGAUUGAUGAGCCAAAAGAUGUUGAUGAUGGUGACACUAAACCCUCAGCUAACCAGCAUGCACAACUGGAUCAAAAGGAUGACGGGAAUUCAAUAUCACAUCUACAUGACACGGCAAGUUCUGACGGGAGUGACUCCUGUUUAGAUGAUGCAGCCACGAAAUGCCAUGUAACGACGCGGUGUCAGAAGCGGAUAGUUGUCAGCUAAAACUUAAGAGACAGCGAUAGAAAAAUCGAGUUAAGACAAUGGAUACGGAAAAGAUAUCCUUUCCUACAUCUUUCUAUUUUCAUACACUCUCUGCUUUGCUGAAUGGUGGCUUAAAAAGCCCUAAAAUCCACUGAAAGAACUCCCGGACUCACAGGCUCACAAGACUAAAAGAUGCUGAAGAUGACUGUUUGUGUUGUACACUCUAAACCAGAAUACUAAACCUAAUGCAUCCCCUACAACCAGAACGUAUGCAUCUAAAUGCAGCAUUGACCAUUAUUCGUUAGGGAAUUGCCAUGGAAGUAUUGCCAUAGGUCUCAUUGCGUAACGUAAUUGAUAUUGUGUAUUGUACUCAACCUUUGCUUUAAUUAACUUUGUAUUCUGGAACUGAAACAUCUUUACACUUUAAGUAAUUUAUAUAUGUAGAAAUGGCCACGUCGUUUUCAACCUGUAGAUGGUUUACAUUUUUCUGGGUGCUUUUAAGUAUUUGUUUUUCGUCAUGUCAUCUUAUUUUAUUUUCGACGCUUUGUAGACAACUCGUACGUGUUUCUCUGAUGUUUAAUCAUGACAGUGAAUGAAUAUAUAAAAUGGUUAGGUUUUGUCUUUUACCUGUGCUUUAAUCAGAUGGUACCAUGGCAAUAAUGACUUUUUAGGUUAUCAAAGAUUAAUUGAUAACAGACGAAAACUCUGUACAACAAGUGGACCCCUGUGACUUUUUGAGUUGUUGAAGAAUAAAUGUCAUAUUUACCACCUGCUGGGUAUCAGUUACAUCCAUAAUCACAGCAGCGUGAAGAAAAAUCUUAAAGCGUUUCACAGCGGUAAGAUCGUAAAGUCGGCGUUUUGAUAGAGUGCUAAAAGCGAAACCAGUAGUAACUCGGCAAAUAAACUGUUUUGUAACCCUUUAUCAAUUGUUAAAUAUUAAUGAUGCAUAUCAGCCAGAAAUACAAUGGCUUAUGUUGACUAUCCUGUCAUUGAUGUAUUGUGUACUAUAAAGAAAAAUACACACACAUGCUGUAUCAUAAAAGAGGUAACAAAGAUUGGAUUUACUCAGCUG